UUCCGCUCAUGUUCUAUCUCCAGGAGUUUCAACUUUCCACUGGUUCCUCGAAUACCUUUAUCCUCUUGUUCAUCUCAUACAAUCAUGGAGGAUCCUGGAUCAGCUGCUGCUACUCUCAACGUGUUGGAAGCUAAGGAUGGAACAAUUUUUGUGGCUUCUGCAUUUGCUGGUCACCAACAAGCUGUACAGGAUAAAGACCACAAGUUCCUAACAAAAGCGGUCGAAGAAGCAUAUAAAGGAGUUGAAUGUGGUGAUGGAGGCCCAUUUGGUGCGGUUGUUGUUCGAAAUGAUGAAGUAGUUGUAAGCUGUCAUAACAUGGUUUUCAGAAACACUGAUCCCACGGCUCAUGCUGAGGAUACUGCUAUAAGAGAGGCUUGUCAAAAGCUAAAUCAAAUUGAGCUCUCAGACUGUGAAAUCUAUGCAUCUUGUGAGCCUUGUCCGAUGUGCUUUGGUGCAAUUUAUCUUUCAAGAAUUAAGAGAUUGGUUUAUGGAGCUAAAGCAGAGGCUGCAAUAGCAAUUGGAUUUGAUGAUUUUAUUGCCGAUGCACCCUAUGGAGAUGUUACUGUCACAUUAUUUCUGGGUCAGGAUAGCCAGCAACCAAUAUUCUCUGGACAGCAGAAGUUAUUUUUUGAGUAUGAAACUCACUUCACUGUUAUGAAUUAUCGUGGAAGCAUAAAUCACAAGAAUAUGAAGGAUUUUGUGAGGGAAUUUGGAACUGUCAUGGGGAAGGCAAUGUUACGAUAUCUUGAUGGGCCCAAGAGGAUGUUACUGUCAUUAGCCUUUAGUACAAGUAGUGGAGUAUCAGCCCAUGUUGGGUAUCAGAUAGCCAUUAGGCCCAUAGGAGUGUACUAG